CAGCGCCUGGCUGUCCUAGCCCGGCUCUGGAUGUAGCCCACGUGUUGGGUAACUUUAAUCGCUUUCAGGAAUAUAUGUCAGAUUAUAGUUCAAGAAAAGGAUUAGUGUGCGGGUGUAAACUAAACUACGUGCAAAGAAAGACCAAUCCUGUUACCAUUGUGUGUUUUAACUGAGUGAAGGCUACCUGAGGUCUUGGGGAGGGCACAAUGCCGUCACUUCCUCUGGUGCCCAGUAUUCAGAGUCCCGUCUCAUCAUUUCCGGCUGUGCUGGUGCAGCAGGCUGCUGUGUCAUGUCUCAGGCAGGAAGAGAUGGUGGUGACAGCUGUUACCGGCUGCGCUGCUCCCUUCUGCGGCACGAGUUGGACGUUCGAGGGGUGGCACGCUGCCCCCUUUGGCCAGGUGAGGGGUUCGUGUCCGUGUCACGUGACAGGAGCGCACGCCUCUGGGUACCAGACAGUCCUAACAGAGGAUUCAUUGAAUUGCAAUGUAUGAGUGGCCACUCCAACUUUGUCUCGUCUGUUUGUAUUUUACCUCCAAGUGACCUAUACCCAAGAGGACUGAUUGCUACUGGAGGGAAUGACCAUAACAUAUGUGUAUUCAGUUUGGACAGUGAGAAGCCUCUAUAUACACUAAAAGGUCAUACGAAUACUGUAUGCAGUCUAUCUUCUGGAAAAUUUGGGACCUUGCUGAGUGGAUCAUGGGACACUACAGGAAAGGUGUGGCUAAAUGAUAAGUGUAUGAUGACAUUACAGGGUCACACAGCUGCAGUUUGGUCAGUGAAAAUACUGCCUGAGCAGGGCUUAAUGCUCACUGCAUCAGCUGAUAAAUCUAUCAAGCUCUGGAAAGCAGGCAGAUGUGAAAGGACUUUUCUUGGGCAUGAAGAUUGUGUUCGAGGGCUUGCUGCUAUAAAUGAUACUGAAUUUCUCUCUUGUUCCAAUGAUGCCAGUGUCAGAAGAUGGCUGAUCACCGGAGAGUGCCUGCAAAUAUACUAUGGACAUACCAAUUAUAUCUAUAGCAUUUGUCUCUUUCCAAAUUCUCAAGAUUUUGUGACUACCUCAGAGGACAGAUCCAUUCGAAUCUGGAGAAAAGGAGAGUGUACUCAGACCAUUCGUCUUCCUGCUCAGUCUGUGUGGUCUUGCUGUGUUCUUGACAAUGGAGACAUUGUUGUUGGUGCAAGCGAUGGCAUUAUAAGAGUGUUCACAGAGUCUCCAGACCGCAUAGCCAGCCCAGAGGAAAUUCAGGCCUUUGAAAAUGAACUGUCCAAAGCAACAAUUGAUCCUAAAACUGGUGACCUUGGAGAUAUUAAAAUAGAGGACCUUCCAGGCAGAGAUCAUUUGAAUGAGCCAGGCACCAGGGAUGGGCAGACCCGGCUAAUCAAAGAAGAUGGGAAGGUUGAAGCCUACCAGUGGAGCACUGGUGAAGGACGCUGGAUGAAAAUUGGAGAUGUAGUGGGCUCAUCUGGUGCAACACAACAAACAUCUGGAAGAGUCUUGUUUGAAGGGAAAGAAUAUGAUUUUGUGUUCACAAUUGAUGUGAAUGAAAGUGGACCAUCCUUCAAGUUACCAUAUAACCUGACAGAGGACCCUUGGCUUGUUGCAUACAAUUUUCUGCAGAAAAAUGAUCUGAAUCCCAUGUUCUUAGAUCAAGUAGCCAAAUUUAUCAUCGAUAACACUGCUGGUCAGACACAGUCUACAAACGUGGGCUUUGCAGAUCCGUUCACAGGUAGUGGGCGGUACAUUCCAGGAAGUUCUUCUACUGAUAAUAUAGGGGCUGAUCCAUUUACAGGUGGAAAUCGGUAUGUACCUGGUUCAUCAUUGCAGUCAGACUAUUCCACAGCUGCAGCUGACCCAUUUACAGGAAAGAACGCAUACCGAUCAUCAACUGCACCAACCCCAAAUACUUACUUUCCCAAGAAAGAACCGGUCACAUUUGAUCAAGCAAAUCCAUCACAAAUUCUAGGAAAACUUAAAGAACUGAAUGAGUCGGCUCCUGUAGAACGGAAAAUACCAGAGGAAGAUUUAAUGCAGCUUGACAAACUGUUAUCUGUAGCUGGCAAUCCUUCAGGAGGAACAGUAACAACUCAGCAGCUGGAUACCUUGUGGAGAGCUGUAAACUGGCCCGAAGAUAUUGUGUUUCCGGCCUUAGAUGUUCUUCGUUUGUCGGUAAAGAAUCCUACUGUCAAUGAAAUGUUCUACAAUGAAAAAGAAGGCAGUCAGUUUAGCAGCUACCUCCUCCAGCUCAUGAGUCCCAGUGGCAAACAAGCAAAUCAGCUGCUUGCACUAAGGACAGUUUGCAAUUCCUUCUUCUGUGAUCCAGGAACUUGCCUUCUGAUGUCAGAGAGGGACACUGUCCUAUCAAAAGCGUCAGAACUUAAAACUGUCAACAAUAAGAAUAUCCACAUAGCCCUGGCAACACUGAUGCUUAACUACGCAAUCUGUUUACAUAAAGUUAGUGAUAUAGAAGGAAAGGCUCAGUGUCUAUCAGCCAUCAGUUCUGUUAUAGAAGUUGUUCAAGACCUUGAAGCAAUUUUCAGACUGUUGGUAGCUCUUGGGACAUUAAUCAGUGAUGACACCAAUGCCGUGCAGUUAGCAAAGUCCCUGGGUGUUGAUUCUCAGAUCAAAAAAUACAUGUCUGUCACUGAACCAGCCAAAGUUAACCAGUGCUGCAGGCUCCUUUUAAAUAUUCUGUAACUAUUUUAUUUUUACUUGUGGAAGACCAUAUAUUCCCAAUGUGUAGUGUUUUCUUAUUACACUGUACUAUAAAUACAUUGAAAAUGACAUGCUGUGGAUUGAAUGCUGAUUUAAAGAAAGUUUGUAGCAAAAAAGCAAAUUGGCCUGAAUAAAAAUUUUGCACUGA